AAAAACGGCAAGUAGUUGACUGUUGACUGUUGUUGUAUCAUCUUAUCUUUAUUUUAACUUGUGUACUUUUAUUUUGAUCUUAAUGGAAGUUUCUGAUAUAUAAUUUCCAGUUUUCGAGUAAAAGUAAUUGAUAAAUAGUUUCGCUUCAACAUGGAUGUCCCAGUAAGAGUUCAAGUUCGAAUAAAACCACCAACUAAUUCGAAAAGUGAGAAUGACGAAAAAUACGACAAAGACAGCAUUCUCGUAAAGUUGUCAUCGACAAAAGUUCGAUUCAAUGAAGAAAAAGAAUUUCAGUUUGACCAUGUUUAUGAAACUGAUUGUAACCAGAAAGAAAUAUUUGAUAACAGUGCUGUACCGCUAUUGAAACAACUUGUGUCAGGCUACAAUGUCACUGUAAUGGCAUAUGGACCCACUGGUUCUGGCAAAAGUUAUACUUUGGGGACAUGUAACACUGAGACCCCUUAUCAACAUGAUGAAGCUGGUCUGUUGACUCAAAUUAUUUCGUGGAUAUUUUCUAGAAAGACUGCUAGUACUGAAGAAGAUGGUCAGAUCUCCAAAGUUCAAGUUUCAUUUCUUGAAAUAUAUAAAGAAGAAAUCUUUGACUUGCUUUCUUCAGUUCUCAAAAGAAUCGAAAUAAAAAAUGACAAAGUUGAAAACGUUGUGAUGGAAAAUAUCACUGAAAUGGAAGUUCAUAACCAAGAAAAUACUCUGGAUCUCAUACGCACAGCUAAUUUAAGACGCCAAGUAAAAAAAACGAAGUCGAAUGAUUCAUCAAGCCGAUCCCAUGCCAUUAUAAGUUUAAAGCUGGAGAUCCAUAAGAAUGGCGAAUCUCGAUUUUCAACUUUUAAGAUUGUUGAUCUUGCGGGUUCAGAAGCUGUAGCUAAAGACGGAGUCAUGGGAGAGAUCAAGAAUGAAGGAAUUUUCAUUAACAAAGGUUUAUUAGCUUUGGGUAAAGUAAUAAGUGCUUUGAAUAGCAAAAAUGUCUCUCAUAUUCCGCAUCGUGAAUCGAAUUUAACUAGGGCCUUAAAAGAUUCGCUCUCUGGUAACAGUUUGACCGUUCUCAUUUGUUGCGUGAAGGCAGAUUUUCAGAGUAUCACAACCACCUCUGCCGCAUUGCAGUUUGCUUCCAAAGCUAGAGCCAUAAAAACGAAAGUUCAGCCAUCCGUUUUCAAAACUCCAUUUAAAGUUCCUCCAGUUCAAUCUCAGUUCAAAACACCAGGAAAAACUCCCUUUAAAACUCCAGGAAGUUUACCGUACAGGACUCCACUUGCUCCAAUUCAGCGAAAUAAAGCAACGUCUCCCAUGGGCGCAUCGUUCGCUGUUCCUGAAAAAAUUUCCAUGCUGGAAAAGUACGAAGACCUUGACGAAUCCGUUCUGUUGGCGGGAUCCUUUGAUAGAAGAAAUUUACCUAAACUUUCUGAAACUAAUGAUAUCGAAAAUCGGAUUCAAAAGGCGGUAAUGGAAAGAGUCGACAUCUUCUUGGAAGGAUUUAAAGAUAAAUUAGCACAAUCUUUGCUGGCCAACUGUUCUGGAGCACAUUUAAGUUGUCGAAGUCUACUAGAUGGGAACUCCGCAAACAGCUCAAGUCAUGCUCGUCGCAGUGAACUGGAUGCGCUGAAUCUGACAUCUGCGUUAGGGGAAAAUAAAACUUUGACUUCUCAGAGCAUCGGUAGCCGCCGUCGUAGCGUUCGUUUGGCGGAGAAACGAAUGACGUUAUUGUCCAAUUCUAACAUGGACGAAAGUGAUUCUCGGCCAACUACAGCCACACUCCGACGUUCCACUGCCACGAGAGUUUCUAAGCGAUCUCCUGCUUUACCACUGCCAAUUCCGGAAGGAAAAUCACCAGAAAACAUCAACAAAUACAGGAAAGACUUGCUCCACUAUUUGAAUUAUGCUUCACAGUCUCAAAUACAGAAAUUGCCCUCUGUCGGACCAAAAGCUGGGCAUAGUAUUAUUACUUUUCGAAAUCUUAAUGGGAUGCUUAAUGAUUUUGAGACGCUGAAACGGGUUCCAGGACUAAGGAAGAACUUUCAUGAAAAUUUCAUGAAGGUAAAUUUUUUAGAAUGAUCUCAGAAAAUUGUUCCGUUUUUUUCUCUUGUUGGCCAGUUCCCAGUUUUUUCAAAGCAAUUCGUGCAGCAAUAGGCCUACUGUCUACACAACAAAGAUUUUUUUUUGUUUUUUUUUUGUUUGUUUUUUUUCGGAAUAAAUGUUUUAACCUAGUACACUUUUAAAAUAUC